UGUUCCUCUGGAGGCUCCUGCCCCUUCCCCUUCUUCCUCCCUCUCCUCUCUCUCUCUCUCUCUCUCUAGAAUCUUGUUUUGGGUAACUCUCUGUCUCUGUCUCUGCGCGUUCUGUCUUUCUCUCUCUUUGAAGCUGGAGUUUCAGGAGAGCGCUCUGUCUUCCGGUGACAAGCUGAUCGCGUGUUGUUCUUGUGUCGGUGGAGCAGGGGAGGAGAGAGAAAGCUCCUGGAGAGAGAUGGCGGAUUGCGGCGGCAGGGGCGACGGCUGCGGUGCUCCGCCGGAGCCCAAGGAAGCGUCUUUGGUGAAGAGAUAUGGAGGACUAGAGCCCAAGAAGAAGCCAUUGAUCUCAAAGGACCACGCACGAGCCUUCUUUGAUUCAGCUGACUGGGCUUUGUGGAAGCAAAGCGCCGGGGCGAAUCAGAGCUCGAAGGUCCCGGUCGAGAUUUUGCGCCCCAAACUGGAGAGGACGCAGCAUCAGCAGCUGCCCCCUCGGAGGCCGGCGUGCACGUUGGGCCAGGACCCAUGAACAUCUCCCAGCAACAGAUGUGGAGGGGCUUGAUGUUUUGUAUGGACUGUUCAUCCUUUGAACUGUGCAGGCAAAAUAGAUUCGAUUAGACCCACCGAAAGUCAACGAAUAAAAUACUUCUCCAGUUGAUGAUGAAACAUGAAUUUAGAGUCAGAUGGACAUGUUGAUUGGCCAUUUAUAUAAUUGAUUUAAUGGGUUGUUUUCUUAUGUCA